AGGGGCCUCCCGGUGCGUGUAUUCGAGUCCGGCCCGGGUCUCCGCCGCGAGGGCGCCGCGCUCUCCUUGUGGGCCAAUGCGUGGCGGGCGCUGGAUGCACUGGGGGUAGGGGAGGAGCUCAGAAGGGGCCACGUGCUGCUGAUACGAGUUGAGUUGUGUUCGUCUGGAGGUGAGCUGCUCCGCGCCUUUGACCUGAGCGAGUGUGACGUGGGGCCGGAGAAUUGCGAAACACGGGGCCUUAUGAGGUCCACCCUGCUACAGGCAUUGUACGACAACUUACCGGACCGCGAGGCCGUUGUUGAGUUUGGGACAACAGUUCGGGAGGUGCUGACACCGCAGGCGGGAGAUGGGCAGGGUCCUAUCGCCGUACGGCUAAGCGAUGGUCGUAUUGUGUACGGCAGCGUGCUGAUUGGAUCGGAUGGUGUGGGUAGUGAAGUGGCUCGGUACCUGCAGCUCCCCAGUGCCAGCUACCGAGAAUCACUUGUGGGGUGGUUGCGUCAUCGCUUAGAGACGCCGCUAGCACCGGUACCCGUACCCGUACCUGCACCCGUACCCGUUACUCGUACCCGUACCUGCACCCGUACCUCUCAAUGUCCCUCGGCGAGAAGGUACUCGGGCUAUUGCGCCUAUCGGGGAGUGGCGACAUUUCCAGAUCCUGGUCCUUGGGAUCUAGAUUCGGGAGCGGCGGGGGCGGCGCGGGAACCUGAAUCUGGAUCUGGAUCUGGUCCCGGCGGCCUUUCGUUCAACACGAUUCGUCAGAUUUGGGGUGCGGGAGUUCGCGCGGGGAUGUACCCGAUCACCCGCAACUCAGUUUACUGGUUCACCUGCUACAAUGAGACUGAGCGAGCUGCAUCGCAGCCGCCAGCAAGUCCCGAAGACAGGCGCCGCGCCGCGCUCGAGUCGGUUGCCGGCUGGAAUCCCUCUAACGGUAUCCGUACAGCCAUUGCGGCCACAAGCCCGGAGGACAUUACGUGGAGCCGUAUUUCGGACCGGUGGACUGUUGGCGCCUUCGGGCGGGGGUUGGUGACGCUGGUGGGGGAUGCCGCGCACCCCAUGACCCCCAAUCUUGGUCAAGGAGGCUGUACGGCACUGGAGGAUGCCGUACAGCUGGCUCGACGUCUUGGAGCGCUGGCGAAGGGCGCUGGCGCUACGGGCUCAAGCCCGCUCUCACCAGCUGACGUGGCCUCAGCCCUCCGGUCGUACGAGUAUGAACGAUCGUCCCGCUGCCUGCCGAUUGCCGUACGGUCCAACCUGAUGGGUACAGCGCUCCAAAACCCCCUGCCACCUGUAGUUCUCGCCCGUAACGCCUUCGUACGACUUGCCUUUUCGCCGGGACAUUUCUUGGAUCAUACACUGUACGACUGCGGCCGACUGGACGAGCUGCAAUAA